AUGAUCCUGCAAGCAAGCAGAAGGCCAAGAAUGCCAAUGUAUUCUCCCCUUCCUGUGUACGCUAUUCUUUUGCUUCUUUCUUGGCCAUUCAGUUCGGUGCCUAUUUGCUCAUCCGAUAAUCGGCUUGUCGCUGGCAAGCCGCUCUCCCCUGGCAGUGUCCUCGUCUCUCAAGAUGGGGUGUUUGCCCUGGGAUUCUUCUCCCCGUACAACUCCACUAAGAACCAUCACUAUGUUGGCAUAUGGUACAACGACAUCCCGGAGCGCACGGUGGUAUGGGUUUCUAACCGUGCGGCGCCGAUCACCACUAACCUUUCCUCUGCAAAUCUUGCCGUCACCGGCAGCUCCGACAUAGUCUUGUCUGAUAACAAUGGUCGUGUCUUCUGGACAACGUACAACAGCAUCAACAUCAACUCCAUCUCGGUGGAAGCAGUGUUGGACAACACUGGCAACUUCAUCCUUAGAUCAUUAACUGAUAGUACCAUCCUAUGGCAAAGCUUCGACCACCCUACCGACACUCUCCUACCCGGCAUGAACCUCAGGCUCAGCCACAACACGCUUCCACUGCAGCACCUCGUCUCCUGGAAAGGCCUACAUGACCCAUCCCCCGGUGAGUUCUCCUACGGCGCAGACCCUAGCAGCCUCCUCCAGUGCUUCGUCUGGAAUGGCUCGAGGCCACACCGGCGAAGCCCGGUGUGGACAAAUUACCUCUAUGUUGGUGGAUUCAACGAGUCUACCAUUUAUAUGGCCUUACAUCACGCCGGUGACGAGGUGUACAUGUCCUUCAUCAUGCCGAUUGGCUACUUCGUCCUGCUGGUCAGGAUGGAGAUUGACUACUUGGGCAAGGUAAAUCUACUAAUCUGGGAGAGCAACAUGUCUGCAUGGAGAGCCCUGUAUGCAGAGCCUCAACAUGAGUGCAAUAUGUACGGCUACUGUGGUCUUUAUGGUUACUGCGACAAUACAGAAGUUGUCCCAGUUUGCAAGUGCCUUGAAGGUUUUGAGCCGAGGGAUGGUGAAGGAUGGAUCGCCGAUGGCUUCUCACAUGGAUGCCGCCAGAAGGAGGUGCAGAGGUGCACCCAUGGAGACGGUUUCUUGGUCUUUCCAGGCAUGAAGGUCCCUGACAAGUUCAUACAUGUCCCGAGCAGAAGCUUUGAUGAGUGCACGGAGGAAUGCAGAAGCAAUUGCUCCUGUGUGGCAUAUGCUUAUUCCAAGAUGAGCAACAUGGAUAUUGAUGGGGAUGACACAAGAUGCCUGGUAUGGAUGGGAGAUUUGAUCGACAUGGAGAACCACACUCAAGGAGGGGAGAACCUCUAUGUUCGGACUAAAAGAUUACAAGGCAACAUGAGAAAGAUCAAAAUCCUAGAAAUUGUAUUACCAGUUGUUUCAAGUUUUCUGAUACUCAUAUGCGUGGUGCCUAUUUGGAUCUAUGGCUCUAGAGUCCUGACAGGCAAUCAAGGAAGCAUGGUUGUCUGGGAAAGGAUGAUGCGACGAGAUACAGAAAAUUAUAAUGAGGUUGCUGAUAGUUACACAGAGUUUCCCAUUUUGAACUUCAUGGCACUUGUUGCUGCGACAAAUAAUUUCUCUGAAUCCAACAUUCUUGGCAAAGGAGGGUUUGGCAACGUUUAUAAGGGAACGUUCGAAGAUGGUAAGGAAAUUGCUGUGAAAAGGCUUCGUGUUGGUUCUGUCCAAGGGGCUGUGGAGUUCAAAAAUGAAAUAGCUCUGACUUCUAGGUUGCAGCAUAGAAACUUGGUCAAACUUAUGGGCUGCAGUAUUUAUGAAGACGAAAAGCUUUUGAUUUAUGAAUACCUACCUAACCGAAGUUUGGAUUACUUCAUUUUCAGUACAUUCUCUACUCACCUGUUGCAAAAUCUCUAUUUUCGGUCAAACAUCACCGACAAGAUGAUUCGUCUAACUUUAUCCCUGAUAGAUGAUACAAGAAAAUCACUACUCAAUUGGCCAACAAGAUUUAAGAUAAUCAUUGGAGUAGCUAGGGGACUUCUUUAUCUCCACCAAGAUUCCAGAUUGGUUAUGAUUCAUAGUGAUCUCAAAGCAGGCAACAUAUUGUUGGAUGCUGAGAUGAACCCGAAAAUAUCUGAUUUUGGUACAGCUAGGGUCUUUGGUGUGAACGAACACGAACAACGUACCAAUCAAGUUGUUGGAACAUUCGGAUACAUGUCGCCUGAAUACGCAAUGGAAGGCAUAAUCUCCGUCAAAUCCGAUGUUUACAGCUUUGGGGUAUUAAUUCUAGAGAUUGUGAGUGGCAUGAAGACCGGCACCACAACCCCAAAGAGCUCAUGUGCAUGCACUCAUAACCUUAUAAAUUAUGCGUGGAGCUUAAGGAAGGAUGGGAAAUUGAUGGAUCUAAUCGAGUCAUCUAUCAUCGAGGAUUGCUCUCUCGCUGAAGCUCUACGAUGCAUCCAUGUUGGACUCUUGUCGGUGCAGGAUGACCCGGACGCUCGCCCUCUCAUGUCUUGGGUGGUAGCAAGCCUGGAUAACAAAGGCAUUGAGCUCGCGCAGCCGAAAGAACCUAUGUGCUUUACACAUCGUAAAUACGGAGCCGGGGAAAGCCAUGUACAUGACAUGAGCCUCGAAAACCUUAAGGGGUGCUAG